GCGGAGGGACACACACAUCUUCCCCCACUCUGAGCGGCGUGCGAUCGGCUAACGGGAGCUCAUCCUACCGGGGUCUAUCUGGAGGAAAACUGCUUUUAGAAUACCGGGAUCAACUACACAGGGUUAACUCCGCGCCCGGUGGGUCAAAUCUGAACGAUCGCUGGGUUUUGGGGAACGCGACUGGGAAAAAACUAAGGAAAACUUGGGAAGCACGCUGAGAAAAGCGACAAAAGGCCACAUCUGUCCAUCCUGUGUCCCAGCAGCCUUUGCUCUGCCUCGGGAGAGAGAUGAAUCAGUUGGUGUCUUUGCUCAUGUCACGGAGUUAAAUGUUAGUGCUACCGGAGCGGACAGUGCUGGGCUGGCUGAAGAGGAAAAAGAGGGAAGGAGGAGAGGGUGAUCGGGGAGAGGGCAAAGCAUGUCUCUGUGGAUGAUCCUGCCGGUCAGUCUGCCGGUCCUCACCAUCACCGGGAUAUGGGUUGUGUACGCCAUGGCCCUGUACAACCAGCACGUCUGCCCGGUGGAUAACUGGCUGUACAACCAGUCAUGUGAAGAGGAGCUGUAUUUACAGAGCGGCCCAACUCUGUGCUGCACUCUGGACCACGUCCCUCUCAUCAGUAAAUGUGGGACUCUUCCCCCGGAGAGCUGCUUCUUCAGCCUUAUCUGCAGCACAGGGUCAUUCAUGGUGAUGGUGAUUGUGCUGCUGAGAUACGCCCAUGUGAUUGAGAAGCACCAGAACUGUGUCCUGAACACGGCCAGUCUGUCCACGGGCUGGAUCUGUGCAGCCGGCCUCAUAAUGGUUGGGAACUUUCAGGUGGACAACGCUAAAGUCCUGCACUACGUUGGCGCUGGCGUGGCGUUCCCCACCAGUAUGCUGUUUGUGAGUCUGCAGUCUGCGCUCACGUACCGUCUUGCCAAAACCCACGCCGAGUACUGCGUGGGACACCUCAGAGCCGCCAUGACCCUGCUGGCCUUCGUUGCCCUGGUGCUCAGCGGCGUCUUCUUUGUUCAGGAGAGCUUCGUCCUACAGCACGCGUCAGCCAUCUUUGAAUGGGUGUUCUGCGUCACCGUCAUGCUCUUUUAUGGGACCUUUGCCUUUGAGUUCGCCGGUAUGUCUGGGGACACUGUAGCGGUGCUGGCCCGGGGCGGAGGAGCAGGGGCCCAUAAGGUGGACUCCCUGGGACCCCUGCCACCUCUCACCCUGCCCCACCCUCACCCGCACCCGCCCCACCCAUCUGAAACUCUGUCCAUCCUGUGAGAACCUGCCUUAGAAUCGCCAGUUCGCAUUAUUGCACAUUGCACAAGUUGAAAACCAAAACAGCCGACUUCUUUCUCCAAUCGCGUGCCAAAUCCAGAGCAGCUGUACUUCAGAGCAUCAUGAAGCAGUGUGUGGAUUCUCCGAAAGAAAGCGGGGGCUGCUGGUCGGCCCGAGCUAUGACAGUAUUAACCCCAGAAACAGAGGAGCGAGGUCAUCUGGUUAGAAUCACAAUCGGCGCAAUAAAUGUACCAGCUUGGGGGCAUACAGCAAGACUUUGCAGUGUUUCGAGACAUUAUUAAUUGAUACUUUGCAGUGACAUCCUCUGGGGGUGUUCUUCAUGUACUGUGUGCGUAUUGACAGCAUGUUCACCAGUUACUGUGGAGACACAAUCCGAACACAACCAAAGUUGUAAUAUUCAAGGUGCACUAUGUAACUUUUUGGUUGGGGUUCCAUCACUUAUUUGUUUUUAUGGAAAUGUCAUUGCUGUACUUAGAUUGUUUCACAGUAUGACAUUAAACAGCUCUACCUUACAUUUAUUCAGUUACAGGUGGUUUUAGAGCUCAAAAAUACCUAGAAAAACAGGCAUUCUGACUGUAAGCGGGGUCGCCUCUCCACAGAUCUGACCUGUAACUUUGUCUGGAUUGGUCUCUGUGAAGAUGUAAAGGUUUAAUACCAUACUGUGAAACAUUCUAGACAAAGCAAUAACAUCUCAUGGAGAAAAGCAUUUGACGGACCCUACACCACAAAAGUUUCAAGGAAAAAAUACACAAUUGAUUUACAACACAUUUUCAGGAGUCUCUGAUCAAUACAAGUGUUCACGGUCCUGUUUAGGAGUUUGAAUUUCAACAAAAAGGUGAGAGUGACUGAAUGAAAAACUGUUGGCUAAAACUAACUAGCGUCUAACUGUAUUUUAUUUGAGAGGGACAUGUUUGACAACACAAAUCAUCUAAACCUAACUAAGUCAGUUCUUUCUGGUCAGAUUGUGUUAAAACAAAGCUCAGAUUAAAGUUUAAAAAAGCCACAAACAGACCAGUGCCUACAGUUGCACGACACCCUCAGGGAAUGUUGACAACGUCAGCUGCAAAGUAUCAACAAUCCUGAAAAGCUGAACAAUUUGCAACGUUUAACAAAGAAUAAUGUGCCUCUCAAACAGCUACAGUAUGAAGGAUACAAACACAAGCUUUAUGUUGUCUUGGCUGACGCAUCACUGUGACAAUUACCAUACACUCUGUAUUUUACGAGGAUGGAAACAGUUGGUUUACAUUAGCAAAACAACCUGGAGAAGUUGCGUGUUUGUGAUUCUAGGUGGUCUGUGGAGGUUCCAGCGUUGGGCAUCACGUGAGCCUUAAGAGUGGCUGGAGUUUGCAAAAUAGUUGAAUGCAAGUCCAAUUUUGUUUUGUUCACAAUAGUUAGUCAAGCUAAGUUACUAUAAAGUUCAGUCACAUUUAAAGGUGCACUCUGUAACUUUUCUGAUGGAGUAUCCGCUACCUACUUGUCUCCACAGAGAUGUUGUUAUGGUUUUUUUGUUAUGGGUGUUUCUGUUGCUCAAAAGUACAAUAAUUCCUCCAAUGAGGUUAAUUUGGUCUUAUGAUAAUUUAUGUUACUAGGUUGUUGUUGUUUUUUUCAUACCUGGGAGUUUCGGCUGCUGACUAGCAAUCUUCCACGUGAUGUUGCUGUGACUUGUAUAAAUCAGCUGACCAGAUACGUCACAGCAACAUCACGUGAUCUCUGUGGAAGAACACUAGUGAGCAGUCCAAAUUGACAGGUAUGAAAACAAACUCUCGGUCUGAAAAAAGAACCUAAUAACAUAAAUAAUUCCAACAAUAAUUUCUUCUGUGAAUAGGUGAGACUCCACAGAUCUGAAUUGUAAUGUAGUGUAGUGCUAUAACCUCUCUCAUGAUAGGUUUAAUUCAUACUGUGGAACAUUCUAGACAAAACAUUUCCAUGGAGACAAACAGGUGGCAGAUCCUUCACUAGAAAUGUUUCGCAGGGCACCUAUAUGCUGAGUAGGUGCACAGUUUAACCCUGUUCACCUUUGCUGCCAAUUUGUGCCAAAGUCAUGUGACCAGUUGAACCUGGGGCCAGUAGAAUUGAAUAGAGUUGUUCAGUGUGAUGUCACUUCCUGUUUGGUGUCAUUAUGAUUAUGAUGAUAUGAAGACUACAGAAUUAUUCAUAUUUCUAUUUUCUAGUCUACACACACAAUUUUUUUUAUUGGCCUAAUUAAAAAGUAAAGUAUUGAUUUGUUAAAAUAAAGCUGUCAUGACAUUAUAAUAACAGAUCAUAACAGCAAUGCUACCUUAGUCUGACAUUUUUAAGACUUACAAUGUAAAUUAAAAUAGGCCUAUGUUUUAAAGGUGCAAUGGGCCCGUCAGACACUUUUCUCUAUGGAGAUGUUAUUACUUUGUCUGGAAUAUUUCACAGUAGGGCAUUAAACCUUUCUAUCAUCUUGGAGACCAAACCAGACCAAGUUACAGGUCAGAUCUGUGAAUUGUUUUAUUCAGGUAUUUUUGAGCUAUAAACCCGUCUGAGUAAAUGUAAGGUAGAGCUGUUUAAUGUCAUACUGUGGAACAUUCCAGGCAGAGUAUUGACAUAUCUAUAGAAACAUAGAAACAAGCAGGUUACACAGUGCACCUUUUAUAAUAAUUAUGAGCUAUAAGAUAAAAAGUGUUUAGUUGUCAAUUUGUGAAAUUUUAACAUGAAAUUGCACUUCUCAAGAUGUAUAAUUCAGUUUACCCAUAAGAAUACACAAGGGGGAGCACCAGAUCCAUCAUCUUUUUUUUGUUUUGUUUUUUGGCUGUAACACUUCUCACAUUAAAAAGAGCAGCUGUUUAAAGCUGACAAGGUCAUAAGCAUGGAUCUUUGGUUGUAACCGUGACGGAAAGUGCACAAGGGAGGGGAAGUCUAUGCUAUUCUAGAUUAGUACUACAUAAUUUACAUAUUUGAUACAGUUUAUAUGCUUUUGAGAUGUAGCCUAACUGUCUCUUGUUUGAUGAAAUAAGGAACAAAAACAAAGAUAGAAAUCAGCUGACCCAGUCAUGACAUCUUCACUUUACAGCUCUAUAGCAGCCGGUCUAUAGCUUUGGUCCUUCACACAAAUGGCCUUAAUGUAUUCUCCCUGGAACCACUUGAAUUUGAUUUAAUUAGAGAAAGAAUCAGCGUUGUCAUAUCAGUAUAUAAGCUUUAUAAUGCAAACACUUUUGUAAAGCUUAAAGUACAAUUUUAUUAAAUAACUACUAAUUUAAAUGAGAGGUUUUAACACCUUAUUCUAAUGUUUUGUCAGUUUGGGUUAAGCUGUUUGGGCUCAGUCUAUUGGAGCUACAAUUAGAAGACUCAUUCACAGGUCAUAGUUUCUGAUGCCAAAUGGUAAAUAGUUCUUAUUUAUCAGUAUUACUACGAUGUUACAGUCAUUUUAAUCUGAAUGAUCUCUGAUAACCUUUGAGUGUUACAUUUUUCACACAAGCUUUCACUCCAAGAAAUAGUCUGGACCAUUUCUAGUCUUCUCUUUUCUUCUUAAAGUAUUUAGAGUCCAUAUUACGCUAUUUUCUGAUCUGAUUUAUAAUGAUGUUUCCUCAUCAGAAACAUACCUGGAGAUGUAUUUUAUUAUGUUUUCAUUCACAAAAAAAAUCCUGCAUAUUUAGGAUGAGGUCUUCUGUCAAACAGAAAACACUCAGUUCCACCUUGUGAUGUCAUGUGGUAAUACAGGAAGUGCUCCACUGUGUCAAUCCAUACACCUUCACUAGGAUUAUUUGGAUGAUUACAGCCCUAGAAUUGCAAAUCUCUAUUGAACAAAAGAUAAAACGUAGCUGUUAACUUGAAAACUACCUUUACAUGACAUCACAAAGUGGAACAGAGCAUUUUGAGCUUUGGUGAUGUAGAGAUGUAUGUUUUUGUUGAGGCAGCUCCACUCCAACACGUCUUAAAGCUCAUGAGAGUAAAUUUUGCGUAAUGAAGGACUUUAAAGAGAACUGAGGUCAGAACUGGAAACUAAAAAACUUCUUGGCCUGUAAAUUGUGUUUUAAUGGUAUAAGAAUGCUGCCGUCCCACUCUGUCACUGCCACACUGGUUUUACAAGCUGUUUUAAAUAUAUCCAUUUGCCUGUCUCUCAAGUUUGCACUCAGGAAAGUCUCCCAGCACCAGCCCAAGUCCAUCCAAAAAUGGACAGACUCACCAUUACCCUGAAAGGACCUUAUUUUUAGUCAUAUCUGUUUGAUUUGUAUAUUUGUGUUUUGUUAGAAGAAUAGCUGCUGCCUCUCUGUUCUCGUAUUAGAUUAAUUUUAUUAAUCGUGAUCAUGCAAAGAUACUUUUGUAAACAUUCCAGGGUGGAGGGUGGAGGGUGGUGGUUGGAGCCACAAUGCUGUUGCUUCUGCUGUUUUAAUCAUAGUUAAAUAGAUAUAUAAAAAAGUUACCUUAUUCUUGCAAUCAUUAAAGGAAGACUUUUUAUCCAAUAUACUGUCCGAAUUCUCCGAUGUGCCUUACUUUUAUAUAUAUAAAAAAAAAAAAAAUAACCAAAGAUCUGGUAGCUUUGAAAUCUAUAAUUAAACUUGAUUGUAUGUCUAUAUGCCUUAAUGUUCAAUAAAUACAUGUUUAAAACA